GUCAUGCUCUUGUCUUCCAGCUUGAAGACAGAGUGCCGCAGGACUUCCUCUGUGAGCUACGGCCAGUCACCAUCCUCUUCCUCCACCUGAAUUUUGAUACAAAGGACAUAGUAUCUUUCCGUAGUGUCCUCAGUGAAGUCAGCAGCCUGAUGCAGGAAAUCAUCUGUCCUCACAAGGGUGAAGUGAACAAAGUCUUCCUGUUUGACAAAGGCUGUACAUUCCUGUGUGUGUUCGGACUCCCCGGAGUAAAGCUGGCCCAUGAGAGCAUUCAUGCCUUGCAGAGUGCUUUUCAGAUCUUCAACUCGUGCUCCAAGAUCAUUGCAAAAACAGGGACAGCGUCUGUGUCUGUUACCAGUGGGAUGGCGUUCUGUGGCCUCAUUGGCCACCCUCUGAGGCACGAGUACACAGUCAUUGGCCAGAAGGUGAACUUGGCAGCCCGGAUGAUGAUGAGCUACUCUGGGCUGGUGACCUGUGAUAGCACAACCUGUGCCAGCUCUGGGCUGCCCUCUUGCUACUUCAAGGAGCUGCCGGAGAGAAAGAUGAAAGGCUUCAAACAUCCUGUCACUGUCUAUCAAUAUGUGGGGAUCACCACCAACAGCAUAUUUGGCAUGGCUCUUGCCAUGAAGAUGCCAGAUAACGCCUCCUUGCUGGGUUAA